AUGUUUCAUAUCUUAUAAAAGGGGAGGAUAGAAUUAGUGAAUUUGAAGCAUUAUAUCAUUAUAGUGACUCUCAUAUUCUUAGAGUAACUUUAUUACAAAGAUGGCCAGGAUGCUAUGUUCCUCCAAUUCCAGCAAAAUAAGCUUUAGUAUGGAAUAUAUAUAAUAGUUUAGGGAAAUAGUGAUUAAAAAGUUGUUGAGGAUUUUAAAACAUUCUUAUAAUAUUUCCUAGAAUAAGUAGCUAAAUUACGACAUCUAUAUUUUUCUGAUUAAUGUUAAACCUUAUUAAGAACAUAGAAUACUGAUAUGGAGAAAGUAAUAUAAUUUAAUUGGCAUUAUAAAGAUUACCAAAAUAAUCUGUAUUUGAUGUCUAUGAAAAAUUUAAGAAAAAUUUCCCUCAUUCAAAUGGAAAAGAAGUGAAUUCUGAUCUAUUAUUGAAAGUCUUUUAGCUUUUCCUUUUAUUUAAAUAAAAGUACUAAAUAAUUAGAAAGUCUUAAAGAAUAAGUGAAAGUAUUAGCUGUAUCUAAAAACCAAUAUACAGAUUAAUUUAGUAAUUCAACUCUUUUCUAUUUUAAGAUAUUAUGAUUUAAUUUAUUUAAUUCUUGAAAGAGUAUUAAAUUAUAUUUUAAGAUUAAAAAAUCUACAUUAUCUGAAUAUGAAUAAUAAAACAGAGAAUUUAAUUUUUACAAAUUAGAAUGACGUAAAUGUUACUGCAAGAGAAAUAGUAUUACUUAUUUACUAUUUCAAAAAGAUUAAAAUUCUUAAACAAUUAAUUUAGAUUAUUAAAUUGAUUUGUUAAGAAUUGAAUGUAGAGAAGUGGAAGCAUUUCAAGAAACCUUGA